CUCGGCACCUUCAGUCUUCGACUGACUUUUGUUGUGAUCAGACUUUUCUGAGCCGACCAGAAAAAGUCCUCUCUCUCGCGGCCAAUCGAUUUUCAAAGAAAAGUACCUACUAAAAGAAUAAGAAGAAAAAGAGGCUAAAGUGAUUUUUCUGCCGAAAAGGCAUCGAAGAAAAAAGCAAAUUCCCUGUGCACUGUCUGCGCGUUCCUUUUCGUUUUAUUGGUCCCAGUUUUCCGCUAUAUUUCGUGUGCGUUUGAGCCAUUUUCGGGUCGGAUUUGGUUCCGGUCAAAAAUCGCGGAUGAAAAAUUUGCAAUCUCCGUCUGGCUGAAAAUUUUCCAAGGUGCUUGCUGCGAUAAGUAGAAAUUUUAUUCCGGAAGUCGUUUUAUUUUUUCUACUUUGAUUCUUGAUUGCUAUUGGCGAUCCUUCCCGAGACCGGUUUUAUUUUUUUUCUGUUCCAAUCUUCCUGCUGGUGGGAUACCAAAUUUCUCUUGUAAGGCGGAACCGCGUACCGGAAGAACACUGGAAGAAUGGCGGAGAACGAAGAUUUAAGUAAUAGUAGUAGUAGUAGUAGUAGCAGCAGGGAGGACAUGCACUUUUUUGAGGGAGUCGAGAAGCUGUUGGAGAUCUGGUUUGAACCGAAUCCAUCCAACAAAAAUGCUGAUCUAAGGAAAAUUCCCAGAGCCAUGUGGGAUGCACUGUUGAAAACAGUGCGAUGCGAGAUCAUCAGUUUCACCAGGAACGAGCAAAUCGAUGCUUAUGUGCUUAGCGAAAGCAGCAUGUUCGUAUCGAAGCGCCGUUGGAUUCUGAAGACGUGCGGCACGACGACGCCGCUGCAGUGUUUGGAACCGCUGCUACGUCUCGCAUCGGAGAUUGCCGGCUACGGCGAGAUAGAGGAUCUGUUCUACUCGCGCAAGAACUUCAAGCGGCCGGAAAUGCAGGUCUCCCCCCAUCGUGGUUUCGAGGAGGAAGUCGCCUUCCUGGAUUCAUUUUUCGAAGAUGGACGCGCCUACAGCCUGGGCGCGCUUAAUCGCGACUGCUGGCAUCUCUACACAUUGAGCCGCGGGGGAGGGGGCUCCGCCAACAAACAAAUGCUGAACAACAUUACCAACAACAACAACAACAACCACCAUCAUCAUCUGCAUAACAUGAGCAACGGCCAUGCUCAGCUGCAAACGCAGUCGGCCAAGAUGAAUCUGAUUGAAUCUCUGCAGUUACCUGAUCCGGAUCAGACCAUCGAGAUACUGAUGACCGAUCUGGACCCGAAAGUGAUGGCUGUCUUCACCAAAGAUGUGUGCAACACGGCCUUGGAGGCAACGCAGAAAUCGGGCAUCCACAAGCUUAUUCCCGGUAUGGUAAUCGACGAUUACUUGUUCGAUCCGUGCGGAUAUUCUAUGAAUGGAGUCUCCAAAAGUUGUGGAAAGAAAUAUAAAGAGGGAUGCUACAUGACGAUCCACAUCACUCCGGAGCCCGAUUUUUCGUACGUUAGCUUUGAGAGCAAUGUCGCAUCCUCUAGCUAUGGGGAUUUGAUUGCACGCGUGAUUGAUACGUUCCAACCGGGAAAGUUCAUCGUGACCGUUUUCGCAAACAAGACUUCGCCGGCAGCGAACGUGUCCCGUGAGCUUGAACACCUGGGCACCAUCGAUCAAUGGAAGCGUCGCGAUAUUCAGUUCUCGCGGUUCCCGACCUACGAUCUGACCUACGCCCAGUACUGCAAAUACCCAAGCUGAGGUUUACCGUGCCUAGCCCUCGAAGGGGCUAACCCUACUUCCCCGCUCCCGUCCCCUCCCGCUCCCUCCAAAAAGAACGUUUUCAUCAUCCGUCCCUCCCCGUUCUCCUACCUUUCCUCUUCGGUGGCUUUGUUCCGUUUGUUCUUCAACAUCUUCCCGGUGCUGACUUCGCUGAGUUUCGCCAAAAACUUUUUCCUCUUUGGCGUUUCUGAUGAGGCAUACAACAAGAGCAAAAUCAUCCUCAACAAUAACAACAACGUCAACGCCAUGAGUCAGAUCAAUGAAAAUGGAAAAGCGAUCAACGACAUCGAAAAAUCCGGCAUGUUAUACUUUCAACAAAUGAACGAUAAGAAUGAUGAUCAUUUGGUGAAACUCUGCGGACAGUUGAAGAAACUGUUGGACCUACCGUCUGUCCUUUUCUCUAUCAUACUGAUCCAGUUGAUAUCAUUCGUGCUUGUAUUGAACAUUGAAGAAUGCUCGCCGCUAGUUUUAUUCUCCUGGUGGCGCAACAAGAUAUCCUGAAAUUGACUACCACGCGGCAAACGAGCGGCAAGCUUAUGCUUCCUUCCGUUCUGAUGCCUUUCUCGAUUUCCACAAUUACCGUUAUUAUUAUCGCUUUGAUAAUGAUAAAUUACCGAUCAUCGCACGUUUCUGUUUCGCUCUACGACUGUGGAGCAAAGCUUUUCUAGAUGAUUUCUUCAGUCGAUACUGUGGCGACGAUGUUUGGUCCGUGGCCAAUCACCCGGUUGCUGGCCAACUGUUAGUAACCAUCACUAUAAUCGUUGCAGUGACUGUAUUCGAUAUGCGUUCACAAUCUCUAUCAGCUUUUGUUCCGAUUAAUAUCAGUAACAUCUUUAGCGUAGCCAACCACGGCGAACAGAAUGCUAAGAAAGAGAUCACAGUGAAGAAAUACAAAGAAUUACAAGCAAUUUACAGCAACAGCCGGUGGUGGAACAUGUUCUCUCUGGAUCAGUUUAUCUACAAUCAACAACAGCAUAAACAGCUAGAUGUAGUAGUCGUUCAAUGUAACCAGCACCACCGAGAGAUCCACCACCAAGGUAGCACACGUUUUAAAAUCCUAUACAAAACAAUCGCUAUUGAAGGCAACCAGUUAAUCAAUGUUGUAGAUUUCAAUUUUAUCAACAAUUGCAAUACUCCAAUUGUGCAGAUUAAAAAGAUUCUCGUUGAAAGUAUAAUAUUCGCUUAUCUAAUAUCAUUGGAUUUGUAUUCGUAGCACAAGUGAACAAUUCAGAUUCAAAAUCAGCACAUGAAAUUACAAACAUUACACAAACAUUAAAAACAUAUACUACGGAUAUUUGAACAACAAAGAAUACAAAGUAUUUUAACAAAAACAACCAGAUUUAUCUGUAAUUGAGCAGAACUUUCAACUGUAAUAGUAUUUUAUAUCCCAAUUUCCUUACUGUCAAACAUCCCAAAUGAAAACGUCUCACCAAGUCCCCUAAUAUGAACAAAAAAAAAUGAUGAUAUAAAACAAGCGUCCCAAAUGACGUUAAAACAUUAUGACUCAUGAUGAACUUUUCAAGACACAUUAAAUAUAACCAGAAUAAAGCAAGAAGCUGAAAAGCCAAUUAAAUAUAAAAAGUUUAAUAAUAAAAAUAAUACAAAUUACAUAAACUAGCAAUUACGACAAAACAGCAGAGGAAUGUAAUAAGAUGGUUCUAAACAAAACUACAAUGUCAAGAAUGAUGAAACGAUAAAAAAAUACUAGAGAAGGUUUUACCAUUGAAUGAAUAUUAUGAAGCUCAUUGAUAUUUCCUUACACAGUAAUACUGAGAAAA